GUCACUGGUCUAGACUCCCAAGGCCGCUACUUCAUGGAAGCUAGUCCUGCGACCAAGGAUAGCUUUCUUACGUUCUUCGCCGAGUUGGACUUGCUAUGUGCGCUGAGUACGUGUCCUGGUGGCGACCUGAGCCGUUGGGGCUGGACGCAGGCAGAAGAGGGAAAUGAGAAGAAAGAGGGAGAUGACGAUGAGGGGAUGAAAAGUACGUGUCGACCUAUUAGGGUGGAGGUGUAUGAAAUCAAGGAAGAGGUCAAAGGCGAGGUGUUGAAGGAAUGGAAUAAGCCCGAGAAGAGCGGGUAUAGGGGAAUGCAUGGGAUGCGUAUUCCUGAGGGCGAAGCCUAG